AUUUACAGGGACAGUCUGCACAGUCAUGAGAAGGAACUUGAAAGAACAUCUUCUAAUAUUAAAGAACUCAUUAAAGAAGUGAAAAAUCUACUUUCUGCAGCUAAAAAUUUAUCCCGUGCUCAGAGGAGUCUCAGCUCUCAUCUUCUUAACUUCAAAUUCGACUGUAUAGGAAGUAAUCAAACAGAUGAUGAAUUAGUAAUAGCAGGCAGCUUAAAGGAAUUUGGGAAACUCAUAAGUUCAAUUGAAGAUGAGCGGGAUAGAAUGCUAGAACGAGCUUUUGAUAAUUUCAUCGUUCCCCUGGAAACCUUCAGAAAAGAACAGAUUGGAGCUGUAAAGUCCAGGAAAAAACAGUUUGACUACCAAACCAAGAAGUUUUGUACAUCCCAGGAACGAUAUCUUGGACUAUCAACCAAGAAGCAAGACAAUGUUUUACAAGAGGCGGAUGCUAUACUAGAGAUGGAACAACGAGAUUUUGCGAGGGAAGCAUUGGAGUAUGUUUGUUUAAUUCAGGAAGUACAAGAACGGAAGAAGUUUGAAUUCGUUGAAACGUUGCAAGCGUUUAUGUAUGGCUGGUUAACCUUUUAUCACCAAGGACACGAGGUGGCAAAGGAUUUCAAACCUUUUAUGACAGAUCUACAGAUAAGAGUUCAAAAGACAAGAACACACUUCCAAUCUUCUCGAAAUGAUAUCGAAGCUUUAAUGAGGAAAAUGCUCGAGGUUCGACAGACGAAACCGUUGGAUCCAGGGACCCUUAAUAAGAUGUAUACUAGGACAGGUUACUUAUUCUGUAUGGAGAAGAAGGCUUUAGGAACUACUUGGAUCAAAUGCUACUGUCAGUAUAUCAGAGAAAACAGAUUGUUCUGCAUGAUCCCGUACAACCAGACUACCGGUAAGAUUACGAACACCGAGAGCUUUAAGAUCAAAUCUUGUUUACGGAAGACGACAGAAUCAAUCGACAAACGGUUCUGCUUCGACCUUAUUCCGGAGGAUAGGCCUAACGUUGUUUUUACUCUUCAAGCACAGUCAGAAGAUGACAGAGCACUUUGGUUGGAAGCUUUGGACGGUAAAGAGCCAAGAUUUCCAAACCAACCCGGCAAACCUUCAACAGCAGAAGAAAGUUACUUGGACGAAGCAGGGUUUACGUUCAUGGAGCAGUGCUUUGGUACACUAGAGAAAAGAGGUUUAGAGGAGGAGGGUCUGUAUAGAGUAGUGGGUGUGGCUAGCAAGGUUACCAAGCUCCUUAACUCGGGGCUAGAUAAGAGAAAGUUAGAAAAACUAAACCUAGAGAAUAUAGAAUCUAAAACUAUUACAUCUGCAAUCAAAACCUACCUUAGAAAUCUUCCAGAACCCUUGAUGUCAUUCUCUCUUCAUCAAAAGUUUAUUGAAGCUUCCAAGUAUGAAACCUACUCUAGCAGGCUAGGCGAGGUACAUCGAUUAGUUCACUGCCUUCCAGCCCUGAACAAGCAGAUGUUAGAGCUUUUACUUUCACAUCUUUCAAAAAUAGUUAGUAAAUCAGACAAGAAUCUGAUGACCGUUUCUAAUCUGGGUGUUUGCUUCGGGCCUACCCUUCUCAAGGCGGAGGAAGAGACUGUGGCGGCCAUCAUGGAUAUCAAGUUUGCUAACGUCGUUGUCGAGAUCCUCAUACAGAACUGGGAACUUAUUCUCAAGACUAAACCUGGAUCAACCGCGCCUCCUAAACCAGCGCACUCAUUCUCCACCACCAGUCUCACUUCUCCCCACUUCUCCUCUCAUCCUAAUUCUCCUCCCUCCUCCUCUCAUCCUACUUCUCCUCCCUCCUCCUCCCAUCCUAGCUCUCCUCCUUCCCACUUCACUCCUGCUCCUCAUCUAACCUCACCAGCACAGAACUCUUCGCAUUCUAAUCUUCAAACCUCACCUUCAAGCCGUCCACCUCCCUAUAUACCCCCUCCACCUCCCUCACAGGUUUCUCCAGGGCCUCCGACUUUAACCACUGCUGUUAUUUUUGAGGGACCAAAAAUUUUGAAUCAAGGAAAUCAGAAUCAGAGUAUGAACGGACCCUCCUACGCCACCUGGGAGAGAACAUUAAGAGGGAGUCAGGCCGGAAGUAUGGUCUCUGUUAAUAAUCCUCCUCCACAUAGGUCCCCUGGAAGUAGUGUAUCUAGUAAAUCAACUUCCAGUUCUGUUUCCCCUCAGGGGACUGGAACCAACCCAUCCGGUCAGCAGAGUAGCCCAGCUGUUAGCAGCUCUAACCAUCACAUGUCACAAACAUCUGGCAACCAGUCAGCUGCUGUCAGUCCACAGCAAGCACCUUGGUACAGACCAAACCAAACACCAGUGAGAGCUGUACAACUCCAACAGCAUAAACCGGUUCAGUUUGAACCUCGCGGAUUAUCUCGACAGCUGUCAGCGGCAUCUGUUGGCACAACUGUAUCUACAACAGCUGGGUCAACAGCCGGCCAUGUUUCCGGAUAUGAUACUUCAACAACCCACAGAUCAAGUAGUAGCAGUACAGAUUCCUUAAACUCUACUUCUAGUAGAGAAGGAAUAGAACCUAAUCCGAGGCAUAGUCAAACAAUAGUUGGACCUGGGCGUGGAGUAGCUGGUCUUCAAGCAGUAGAGCUAAGAAGGGUUCGAACCCUCUACGCAUGCGUCGGAGAACAUGAAACUGAACUUUCCUUUGAACCAAACCAAAUGAUUACUAGUGUUCGACCAUCGUUGGAACCUGGUUGGCUUGAGGGAAACCUGGACGGAAAGAUUGGUUUGGUUCCUGAGAACUAUGUUGAAUAUGUUCCAUAACAUCCGAUGGAACAAGUCCGGACGGAACCACCCAACACGACACGGACUAGAAACUACCGGAAGUUUAAACAAACUGGUAAAUCCUCCAGUGUUGAAAAUAAAUCCGGGAAUCGCAGUAAAUUAAAAAAUCUACGAAAAGAGUGGAAAACAUUGAGUCAAAUUCAAACUUCCUUUGGGGAAAAUGUUACAAGGGGAUACAGUGCACAAACCCGCAGAGGGAUAUCUGAAGACGAUAAUUCAGUUGAAUGCAGUACACAUCCAGGCAUAGUACAGUUUACUGCCGCUAGUGUACAUAGUACUGCUGAAUCUGGAAUGAAAUGGAUGAAGUGUAAAGUGAAAAGGAUUACAAGUGUUUAAAGGGUGUUUGUUAUUUAUUCCAAAUGUUUAUGUUACAAUAGCAAAGAAUUAAAAAGUCCAUUUAAUAAAUGGAAAUUAGCUGUUCUCCAACUAUUCGCUUUGUAAAUACAAGAUACUGAAUACGAAGACUGAAUGUCUAGUUGGAAAUAUUCGAUUUGAAGUAAUAAUAAUAAACUGUGAUAAUGUUAA